CGUUACAACCAAACGGUUCGGUUUCAAGUCGCUGCGCUUUCGUUACAAAAUAUCGUGAGUGUGUGAUUGUGCUGAUACACGCAGACGGCAACUCAGUGAUAUGCUAUCACUUAAAACCACAAACUCAAAAAAUACGUACUCCUACUAAAGAAAGUACCUAAAUUAAUUGAGAAAUAAAUAUUUAAUUAAAUGCAAACGAGACAUUGGUAAUAACAGUGCGAAUUUCGAAAACGGAAUUUGUGACAUUGUACGCGAUUGUGUGUGUGUGUGUGCGCAGGCAUAGAGCGAGAUUGUUAAAGUGAAAACAUAAACGCCCACUAAAUCAAGAAAAUAAAAACGAAAAAUAAUCCACAGUGUAAAUUGAGUAAAAUAAAGUCAUUCGCUUUAAGCCUUCUACUAAACAGAUACAAGCUUACGUAGUACUACAUAUUUUAUAACUAACAACGAACAUUCCACCAAAGGGGUCGAAAAAUCUACAGCAGUCAGUACACAAUAGCAAUAAUUGUCAAUAUUGAGGUAACGACGACAACACUGCACUCAUUAUGAUUCUGCGGCCCGCAUUUGUUUCAUUUUUCCUGCUGUACGCCUAUCAUUGCCUCGCCCAGUCGACGAAUGAACUCGACGCAGCACUGCCCGAACCCCGUGCUUACAUACCUGAUUCACAGUAUUUGGAUUUUGUUUAUCAUGAUCACGAUGAAUUGACAAGAUUUCUAAGAGCGACAAGCGCACGCUACCCAAAUUUGACAGCGCUUUACUCAAUUGGAAAGUCAAUACAAGGACGCGAUCUCUGGGUUAUGGUAGUAUCAUCCUCACCCUACGAGCAUAUGGUUGGUAAGCCAGAUGUCAAAUAUGUAGGCAACAUACAUGGCAAUGAGCCAGUGGGUCGUGAGCUGCUACUUCAUCUUAUACAAUAUUUCGUGACUAGUUACAAUACCGAUCAGUAUGUCAAGUGGUUAUUGGACAAUACACGCAUACACAUUAUGCCGUCGAUGAAUCCAGAUGGAUAUGCGGUGUCUAAGGAAGGCGCCUGUGAUGGCGGGCAGGGCAGAUAUAAUGCGCGUGGCUUCGAUUUAAAUCGUAAUUUCCCAGACUACUUUAAGCAGAAUAACAAGCGUGGGCAGCCCGAAACAGACUCCGUCAAGGAUUGGAUAUCAAAAAUACAAUUCGUGUUGAGUGGCAGUUUGCAUGGGGGCGCUUUGGUAGCCAGUUAUCCGUAUGAUAAUACGCCAAACUCUAGUCCCCUUGGCACAGUGUUUCAAACUUACUCGGCGGCACCUUCACUCACGCCCGACGAUGACGUCUUCAAGCAUUUGUCGCUUGUCUACGCUAAGAAUCAUGCGAAGAUGUCACGCGGUGUAGCUUGUAAAUCGGCGACGCCCGCCUUCGAGAAUGGCAUCACAAAUGGCGCUGCGUGGUAUCCACUCACCGGUGGCAUGCAGGAUUACAAUUACGUGUGGUAUGGUUGCAUGGAGGUGACGCUGGAAAUUUCAUGCUGCAAAUAUCCACCUGCCUAUGAAUUGAAGAAGUACUGGGAGGAUAAUCAGCUGUCCAUGAUCAAAUUUUUGGCCGAAGCGCAUCGUGGCGUACAGGGUUUCGUGUUGGACCCCACUGGCACGCCUAUUGAACGUGCUUCGCUGAAGAUCAAGGGACGUGAUGUCGGUUUUCAAACGACGAAACAUGGCGAGUUCUGGAGAAUUCUGCUGCCCGGAUACUAUAAGUUGGAGGUAUUCGGCGAGGGCUAUGCUCCACGUGAGGUGGAAUUCAUUGUUGUCGAACAACAUCCAACACUGUUAAACGUCACAUUAACGCCAUCGAAGCGCACCGAAGGCAGUACCCUACCCUUCUAUCGCCCACUGCCGAUACCGCAACAGCACUAUCGACCCGCUAGCGCCACAUACAGUGAUAGCGGCAUCUUCUCCACCAUCAGCAAUGGCCUUAACAGUUUGUAUUCAAACAUUUUCGGCUGAUCUUUGCUCUCUUGACUCGCUCUUUUCGUCGAUAUGAAAUUGGCUCUACUGCUGUUGACGUUCUUCAUAAUAAUCAUCAUCAUUCACGUGGCCAGCCGUGCGGAUUUCGAAUGACCGCGUUGAAUGGGUGGCACCCGUGGUCCUGGGUUGGGCAAGGAAAGAAGAGAGCGGAAUAGAUGGGCGGAAACGGCCUUUAGGUAUAGUACUUAGAACGUACAAAUUUCGAAAAUAUUGGAAGAUAUAAAUUAUAAGAGGGCACAUAAUUCAAACAGUGAAAAUGCACUGCCUGCUGAAGUGUAAAAAAUAAGAAAAUAAGAGUUACCUGCAUUGUAAAACACACACACACAUAGAUAUACAAAUGUAUACAUAUUUUCAUAAAAACUUAUGCAUCUAAAAAGUUCAAUUCAGUAAUGAAAGCAAUAACGCAAUACUUGCAUAAAAAUGGUAACGAAUAUUGUUAUUGAAUUAAAUAAUUUGAUUGCAGUUUUUUUCCAAAUCUCAAAAUUAGCGUUAGCAAAAAAAAAGUGUAUGAAAACCCUUACAUAUUUUUGUAGUGUGCAUAUUUCUUAAGCGACAAUAAUGGUAUUUCGCAUACAUACAUAUUUAUAUUUAUUACAUCCAGCAAAUAGCUUUUAAAAUAUUUAAUAAUAGUUUAGUAUUAAGAUUUUUGAUCUAUCUCAACAUUUAAAGGAAUUCGAAAUUCUCUCCAAAUCAUUCUUGAUAAUUGACCAACUUAUGAAUGUAGUUUUGUAAACUAUUAUCAGAUAAUCCGUAUAAUUAAUAAAA